AGCUAACCCAAAAUAAUUAUAACAACGCGUCUGAUAAAAGUUAAUAUCAGUUAUCACAACAUUCUAUUUUCGUAGCAAAAGUUGAAUACUAAUAAAAGUAGGUACCUAUACACAUAUAUCAACAAGCGGAAAUUGUUAUCGCACAAUUACUGUUACUGUAUAUUAUGACCACACAUAAAAUCGAACCAUUGGUAGAAUGUCAUCGUGAGAUGUUUGGAGAUCUUAUAUUAACUUCUCCAAAUCUUACAACAGAUAAUUUCCCUAGGAAAAUUAUUAUGUCUUUAGCGUACGAUAUCGGUUUACAAAAAACGUCCGCGUAUAAUAAAGUGAUGGAAAACGGUGACGAAAGUGAAAAAAGACGAGCUUCGGCUUUAGUGGACCAGCUUUUAAUGGAUAUUUAUAAUAGUGUUCAUACCUCAACAGACUAUAACUCUACUUCUGGAAAAUCGCAUAAAAGUUCUUGGGCCGAAGUUGUUAAUUUAGAGGAUAAAGAUUUGGACGAGUUGUUGACGUAUCUAACAUGUUUGAAGAAUUACGUGGAGCGCAUGGGUAGUGUACUCGUUAGACAGCUGAAACGACGCGACGCCCUGCGCCGUCAAAGAGACGCGUAUUGUGACGUCAUAACCGAACAUCUUGGUAAAUGUGUGCCUGAAGGCGAUUCUUCCGAAGAUAGGCGCUUCAGUAUCCACCCUUUACCAGGUGAUACUGGGUUUUCACAAUGGGCAAACGCCAUGAAAAUGGUAGCUCAAUUGCCUGGUGGGAUACCACCAGAGUUCAGAAGACGACUCUGGUUAACAUUAGCAGAUAAACAUUUGUUAGGAAAAGGAGUCGAUUGGCCUAAAGUGGAAAGAACCUGUUUCAGCGAAUGGUCUCAUCCUGCAGAUGCAGAACUUGGCGUUCAAAUAGUUAAAGAUUUACACAGGACUGGUUGUAGUUUAUUUUGCGGAGAGGACGGACAGGAGAACCAGGUACUUCUUAAAAGGGUUCUUUUGGCGUACGCAAGGUGGAACAAAGUUGUGGGUUAUUGUCAAGGAUUCAACAUGUUGGCAGCUUUAAUUCUUCAAGUAACUGAAAAAUGCGAAAGUGACGCUUUGAAAUUAAUGAUAUAUCUCAUAGAGGGAGUCCUUCCGGAUUCUUAUUUCGCAGACAGCUUGCGAGGACUAUCGGUCGAUAUGGCGGUAUUUAGGGAGCUGUUGCGUACCAGAUUUCCCCGACUUUCUAAACAUUUAGACAAUCUUCAGAAUGCAGCUAAGGAUGGGAGUAGAAGUUACGAACCACCUCUCACUAAUGUGUUCACAAUGCAAUGGUUUCUUACACUUUUUUGCAACUGUUUGCCUCAUCCAACAGUUCUUCGCGUCUGGGAUUUGAUUCUUCUUGAAGGAAACGAAGUUCUUCUACGUACGGCGUUGGCCAUAUGGCAAGUGUUAGCUGAUAAAAUCCUUACAGUAAGAAGUGCCGAUGAAUUUUAUUGUAUGAUGGGUGUUUUGACCAGGGAACUUCUAGAAUUUGAGUUAGUAGACGGUAAUACUCUAAUCAAAGCGGUCGUAGAUAUCGGACCUUUAACGGAACUGAACACACUUAGGGAACACUAUUUAUAUAAUAUAAAUCCGUGGGGUGCUACUUUGCCGCAAACAGUUGACAAACAAUUGAAAUUGUACCCAAAACAAAGUAUCGCGUUAGACAUCAGUGGACUAAAAAAACAAUACGCUAAACUAAAACAGAGACAAAGGCAGGCACAUAUAAUUAUAAGCGCAGCUAUUUCUAGGCAGUCUCCACCAGCUCCUCCGGUUACUAUGAACCACCUAUUAUUGGGUAAAAGCGCUCUAAUACCCGCUAAAAGAUUAGGACCUCCAAAAGGUGCUAUACCUCCUGCUAGGCAAAUAUCUUCCAGUACACUACAUUGGAAAGAUGCCCCAAAGCAAACUUCGAGCUCCAGUUCCAGCGAUACGGAACUUUGUGAUGAAGAAAAUGGUUCUUCCGAUGAAGAAGAACUAUGUCAAUUAGACCACCUAUCCCUCGAUAAUGAUCUUAUGAAAAUCGACAAUACAAGUGCCACUGUAGAAAUAGAAACAAAUAGUUCACCUUCCAAAAAUGAAACACUACUGACGACUGACAAUGUUAAAAGUGACGAUAAUUUAAUAGUAUUUAAAACUGAAUCUGAUGAUGAGAAUUUUGAUUUUGAACAAUUUUUAUCGGAUCGAUUAAAAGUCAACGAUUUAGUUGAGGAACAACAUGAUUACUCUAGAAGAAAUAGCGAAAGAGCAUUGAAGAUUAUUCAAGAAAAUUCUUUAAUACUACACCGAAUUUUGCAAUGUCAACCUCGAUUAUCUCCUUCGCCUCCAUUGACGAUAGAACCAGUGAAAAGUCCAUUAGACAACUCAUUCGGCGGAAAUUAUUCCAAAGUAGAUAAUUAUUAUAGUAAUAAAUACGCGACACAAAAUCAAAUCGAUAUGGGUAAGACGGAGGAUGUUAAAUCUCCAGAAUACGGAUCAAAAUAUACCAGUAUACUUGAAAAAAGCAAAAGUUUAGAUGAAAAAUAUAACGAACUGAUAUUAAAUAAACCUACAUCUAAAACGUUUGAAGGAUUGAGCACUAUAAACAAUGAUUUCAGAAAGGAAAUGAUAAUCGAACCGAAGAUAUUUACUACAAUUAAUGAAGAAAACUCGGGCGACAUUAACAAUGUUCAAUUGAACGAGGAAGAUAUCAAAACUAUCUAUAAUAAAUCCAAUUUAAGUCCGAAUAAUAUUAAAUUUGACUUCACUAAACCAGAAACAACAUUCACUUUCGAUCGUCCGUAUAUAUCCGGACAAUUCCCAAUCGAAAUCGAUUCAGCGUCGCCCAAGAAAGAAUGCAAAUCGACAAUAUUCGAUCCUACAGAUUCACAUCUGAGUAAUUGUGAAGUUACCUCAAACAUAUUAUCAACAAAUCAAUGCUCAGAUGACGUUUCUACUACUGAGGAUUCAAUUUUUGCCACGGAAAUACACGACGACAUUUUAUUAGAAGAAUUAAAAAAUUACGAUGUAAGUACCGAUGUCAACAUUGUAAAUAGUCCUUUGCGAUGGACUCCUUCAACCACUUGUUAUAGUUAUCUCACCACUGAUGAAGAAGGAAUAUCAUCGAUAGACAAGUUCAAAGAAAAAUGUGAUAUUAAUCCAAUUACAAAACCCUUUCACUUAGACGUAGUACCAUGUACUAGCUCCAAUCCAAAAUCACCUUCGAAAACUCCCCUAUCUCCUUCAAAAUCGCCGUUUAGAUCUCCAAAUCAAAACUUUAAUCCUUUUCCUGUACCGCUUUGUUCCAGACAAAGUAAAGAAGUCCCUUUGAAACUCGGCUUGUACAAAAAGUAGCAAUUUUGCUAUAACUUCUCUAUAGAAAAAAAUUUACAGUUUGAUAAGAUAGAUUACAAACUAUAUCAUUAAAAUUUGAUAUUAAAGACAUACUGAUUGGAUAAUAUUGGUUGUAUUUUCAAAAAAAUCUAGUUUUUAAUAAGAAAAAAAAAAUACGUCGUAGCGAAUUAAAAAGUGUAAAAAUGUGGUUUUGAUAUUUGACUUGUUUUUUAAUUUAAUUUCAUUAAAAAUUACAAAUUCUUGAGGGAACUUUUUCGUAAUUAGAAAAAUGGAGUUUUUGUUAUCAUUUUUUUAUUAAUCUUCUUCUUCUUAUUCUUAGCGUGCCGUUUCAACUCUCUCUAUCUUGAGCUAGUCUAAAUAACUGUUCUUCUUCUCUUAUCACAGUCCAUUAACUAAUAUUCUUCAACCAAGAAGCUUGUUUCCUUCCAAUUCCUCUACGACCUUCAACUUUACCCAUCAUAAUCAACCGGAAGAUAUUAAAUCCGCUACCAAGCAUUAUCUCUCCCAAAUAAGUUUGUUCUAUUGAGGACUGCAUCGUUUGUUUGCAUAAGUAUCUCGAGCAAGCGUCUAUUUAACCACAUUUCAAAAGCCUCUAAUCGAUUAAUGGUAGAUAGAUAGAUAAAAGUCCAUGCUUUCGAUACCAUAUAAGAGAACUGACCAUAUGUAACAUUUGAUAACCCGUUUCCAAAGUUGAAAUUAUUACCAUAAGCUACCUCAAUUAUACAUUUUAUUUCCUUAUCGGGAUCCAGUUGUUCAGUAGGAACCAAGACACUCUGGAUCUCUUGUCAGUUUACCUGUAGCUGUGUGUCAUGGUACGGCAAGGGACUAAAUACGAUAUAUUUUGUUUUAGAACAGUUAAUGCUUCGACCCAGGCAUUGCAGUCCAUUCAAUUCGUCACAAAGUACAACUGUAUCGUCUGCGUGUCUGAUUGUAUUUUUAAGUUUAUCGUUAAUUUUUACUCAAAUUAAACAGUGGUGAGAGUAUGCAACCUUGUUUAACUUCUCUGAAGAUUUUGCAUUCUUCCGUCGAUUUUCCGUUCCGCUCUUUGGCGUCAAUAUAAUUUUUCGAUUAUUCUUACGUCGGAACUAUCAACUCCUUUUUUCCCUUAAUAUAUUUAUUAACUUAUCGUCGAAGUAAAACUAUCAACUGUCAACACUGAAGUGGCUAGAGUCACAAAGUUGUCUACUCCAGAGCGUCCCGAACUGUCACUUUCACUACAUGGAACACUCAAAACGCAACUUUCGGUGAAUGAAUAAAUACAGAGCGUUCAACUUUCAGAUGACGUCGUCUAAAAAACAAAUUUCAUGAGUACGUAAUGGGCUUACAAAUCGUGUAACGUACUAUACUUUUUCUACGCCCAUUAAUUUUUUUCCAUUAAAUAGAAAACAUCGCAAUUAUUUAAAUUUUAUUAUAAUAGUUCGAUUGUGCCUUAUUAUUUAUUACUAUCAGACAUAUAAGUAGAUAAAAUUGAGAAAAUGUUCGGAUACAAUCAUAUAUUGUUCAAGACAUUGACAAUAUAAAUGACAUUUUCAUAGCACGCUAUUUAAGAAAACGUAUCCUAUUUUUAAAUAAAUUGCAUAAUGUGCUGCCUACAUUUAGAGGCAUCCCUCUUUCAAUUCUAAAUAUAUCUCGCUAAUGCUAAAAGUCUUUAUGUUUUUUAAUCGACUAAAUUUGUGUAAAUAGACCGAAAUUUCAUUGCAAUUUAAUUAAACCAGUAAGUUUAAGUUUUCUUCUCAAAACGCACGUGUAUGUUAUGAGAUCUCAUUACGUGCAUAUUAAUGUCAAAUGUCAUUUACAAGAAAUGUUGACAGAACGAUUUUUGACGUUUACAGACAUGGGCGUAGAAAAAAACAAUAAUUCACAUUUGCUUGAUAAUUUGAUAGAAUAAAAAUAUAUUUUCUGUAUUUUUUAGCAAUUCCGGCACUUCUGAUAAAUUUCCUUAAGGAUCUAAUUUGUUUCAUCUAACGAUACGUAAUUUAAUGUUAUUUUUAAUUGUAUACGUUUGAAACAACAAACUAUAUAGAUUCGGUUACUAAGGAUGGAAAUAAAACUUCUUGUUAUGACCUUUAACACUUUAUUGUAUAGAUAUAAAUUGUAAAACAGUAAACUACAAAUAAUUCUAUACAGGUUAGGUUAGUUAAUAUAUUAUAAUUGGUAAUAUUUUUUAAAACAGUUCAUAGAAGCAUCAACUGUUUUCAAAAUUUGGAAUUGAUCAAUUUUUCUUAUCAACCGAUGUCAUUGCAAUAUAAUUUUCAUGUACGUACUAAAAUCCAUUUGGAAACAGUUCAGAUUUUUGUUCAGUUAGUGCUAGCAUUGUUUAUACACCCUUUUUUCUACAAUUUUAUGAUUGUAAGAAGUCGUUACGAAGUUGGAAUUUUUUGAACUUUAGUGAUAUUCAUAUUGUCUAUUGUUACCACUACAACAACAUCCAUAAUUACACUGUCUGAUCCACGUUUCGUCUUCUGUCUCUGAGUAUAAUUAUGGGUGUUGGUGUAACGGUCGCAGUAAACAGUCUGUUUAAUAAAAAAUUGUAAAUAAUUGACUUGCUAGAAAUCGAAUAUUAGUAUCAAUAUAAUGUGCCAUUUACCCAAAGCAUUUACUACAGUUUUUACUAAAAUUUUCUCGUCGCCACAUCAUGUACUGCAUGCUUUGUUUGCGGUACUAACAAUUUUAAAAUUCCAUUCGUAAUUUCUGAAUUAAAUAUUUUGAUUAGUUUGAUUAUAAUUUUUGUUUUAAACGAAAAGUGAAUAGAAAAGGGGAAUGAAUAAAUAAAAAAUUAAUAAUAUUAGCACGAACUACAGUAUGUUAAAUAAUCAUAUAAUAGAUAUGUAAGUGAAUAUAUCCUUGUUGAGACUAUUUGCGCUGUGCCAGGUCCGUUCGUUCUAAAAAUAUUUUGUAGCAAAUAAUAUAUAUUUCCAAAAAGUUGUUAUGCAAAAAUAAACGUUAAUUAACUUA